GACAUGCUGCCUGAAGGACCAGGCCCACUAGCUACUUCCAGUACACAUAACAAUACUGAACCUCCCUCUCAUGUUCUUCCAUCACGUGUCCGUCUCCUGGUGACUGAAACUUUCCACACCCUCGUGAAUUCCUUCAACCUCAUGCGUGAAUAUCGUGGACGCCCCUCACAUGUUCCUGAUGCGGAUGUUGAUUUCGAGCAGCUGUGUGGGAAUUCUGCCCAGAUACCCAGUAAUGAGGGACCCCAAUCUCUUGCCAAGAAUAUACAUCCAUACCACAAUAUGAGCUCGUUCCUGCUUAACCACUGGUUUUGGAACCGUGGAGCUAACAAAUCAAAGGCGGACCACAAAGAGUUGAUCAAGAAUGUCCUGUCACAUCCGGACUUCAGGACUGAAGACUUAUGUGGCAUUAACAUGGACAAACUAGAUGCACAAGUUGCAGACGAUGCUGACUCUCCAUGGGAAGGUAAUGGGUGGAUAAAUUCCAAUCUAACGAUCGAUAUCCCAUUGGGCGAGAAGACCACAAAGUCAAGC